GUGAGAGCGAGCGAGCGGCGAGCGCAAAAGAGGCAGGCGCGCAGGGCAGCUCCCAGCACCAGCAGCUCCACGCUGCGGAGGAAGAGCGGCCCGCCCGAGCAUCCUGCGCGGCCCGCCCGAGCAUCCUGCGCGGCCCGGCUCCCUGCUAGCGGAGUCCACGAGCUGGAGGUCGCCGGCGGAGCCCCGUGCAGCUGCCACCGGCCGCUCCAGCCCCGGAGAGCAGCAACUUUCCCGCAAGAUGUGAGCCGGCCGCGCAGGGCGCCGUCGCCGGCUACAGCAGCCCGCUUGCCGGCCGUCAUGUCCCCCUAACCUGCGGCCGAGGGAGCCAGCGAGCCGGGCCGGGAAGGAGCGGGCCGGCGGGGAGAUGUUCGCGCUGGAGCAGUUCGAGCCGCAGGGCGGCGGCGGCAGGAGCGGCGUGCCGGGCGAGCGUGGCGGAGGCAGCGGCGGCGGGUUCGGGCAGGGCAUCAGCUCGCACUUCAAAGCGUCGCCCUUCCACGGGGGGGCCUCCGGCGGCGGCGGCAGCAGCAGCGAGUCGGCGGCCCUCAGCGCCCUGGGCGAGCCCUCUUCGGCCAUGCUGGCCAUGAACCUGAACUUGCCCGGGGAGGCGUACAGUUUCCACGCCUCCCGCGGCGGGGCUCACUCGGAACUGCAACAGGCCCAGCCGGUCCACGGGUUCUUCGGCAGCCAGCAGCCUUCCCAUGGCGCCCAGCAGCAACCGCCGCCGCCGGCACCCUCGCACUUCGGGGCCGGGUUCGGGCCCGAGCCUAGUGCCUCGUGCUUGCACGGCGGGCGGCUCCUCAGUUACCCGGGCAGCCAGCAAACCUUCGGGGCGGACGGCUACGAGCAACAUCUGGCCGAGGGCCAGGCCAGCGGCGACGGGUUCGGGCAACAGAGGGCGGGUUCGCUCCAGGACUUCCAACCGCAACCGCACCACCACAACCCUGGCGUGCCGGCCCCUUGCCUCCCGCUGGACCAGUCGCCCAACCGCGCUGCCUCCUUCCACGGCCUGCCGGGCACCACCUCCUCGGAGCCGCACGGCCUGGACUCGCAGAGGCGCCUCCCCACCCAAGGGGCAGCCGCGGUGGAGCCCCUGGAGUACAGUUACCCAAGCAGCGAGGGUCAUUUCGACUUACCCGUGUUCUCGCCGUCGGAGGCCGACGGGCAGCUGCCCCACUAUGGGGCCGGCAGACAGCAAGUGCCGCCGGGCGGGGGCAACUUCCCCGGGCCCUCCUCGGCCUUACCGCGAGCCCCCGGCGGCAUGGGAGGGAUGGGCAAGGUCCACCCCCAGCAGCAGCAGCAGCAGCAGCACAGCGGCGUGUUCUUUGAGAGAUUCGGGGGAGCUCGCAAGAUGCCCGUGGGUCUGGAGCCGGGCCUGGGCGCGGGCAGGCAUCCUUUAAUGCAGCACCAGCAGCAGCAGCACCACCCGCCCCCCCCGCCGGGGGCCCUCCUGGCCAGGCAGAACUCCUGUCCGCCCGCCCUCCCCAGGCAGCAGCCCUGCCCCGAGGGCAGCGCCGCCAACCCAGGCCUGCAGGACAGCAGCGGCGGCGGCCCCAUCUUACCAGGCCAGCACUCCCAGUUCGAGUAUCCCAUCCACCGGCUGGAGAACAGGACCCUGCAGCAUCCCUACGGGCCGGGCGAGCCGGUGUUCAACGUCCACCACCACCACCACCCCGCGCCGGCUCAACAGCCCCCCAACCAGCGGCUGCAACACUUCGACGCGCCCCCGUACAUGAACGUGGCCAAGCGGCCCCGCUUCGAUUCCUGGGGCGGCGGCGGCGGCGGCAUGCACGGCCCCGGCCUGGACAGCCACCUCUCGCCCUCCGCUGCAGCCUACGCGGGCUUGCCGGGAGACUUCACGCCGCCGGGAGCCGAGAGCUUCCCGCCGCCGCCUGGCGCCGACCACCAGGCGGCUCUCCAGCAGCAGCAGCGCCACAACGCCGCCCUGAUGAUCAAGCAGAUGGCCGCCUCCCGGAGCCAGCAGCGCCUCCGCCAGCCCAGCUUGCAGCAGCUGGGCCACCAUCACGGCCACCCCCACGGCGAGCCCGCUUUCGAGGGGCAGGAGGGCGCCUGGUUCCCGGCCCCGCCGCCGCCGCCACAUCCGCCCGCAGCGCCGGCGAGCGCCGGAGACUUGCUCUUUCGGCCAGGGGUGGGCGGCGGUAUGCCGGGUCUGGAGCCGCCUCCGCUGCGGAUUCCGUCGGGGGGCGAAGGACAUGUGCCCUCCCCUGGCAGCCUUCACGGCCAGUUUGGUCUGAGCCCGCCCUCGGAGCGCAGGCCGGGCCCGCCCGACUUCGCCGCCCAGCAGAGCUUCCCCUUCGGCGCGUCCGGCCGCCAGGCCGCCACGCACAGCGCCGCUCCCGCCUCCUACGGGCCCCCGACGGACUUCCAGCCCUCUGGCCCCGCGCCACCCCGGCCGCCGCCGUCCAGCAGCAAGCUGGGCGCGCUCUCGCUUGGGUCCUUCUCUAAAGGGAGCGGAGCAGGUGGCGUGGGGGGGGGCCCGGGGGGCAGCGGAGGCGGCUCCGCGGGCCCCAAGGAGAGCACCGGCCUUUUCGGGCAGAGCUGUCUGGCCGCCCUCUCCACCGCCUGCCAGAACAUGAUCGCCAGCCUGGGCGCGCCGAACCUCAAUGUCACCUUCGGCAAGAAGGGCGCGCCGGCCGCGGUGGCCGGGGGCGUCGGGGCGGGCAGCGAGGGCGCAAAGCGCAGCAAGCUCAGCCCAGCGGAGCCCCCAGACCCGGGCACCACCGGACCCCCGCCGCCCGCCGCCGCCCCACCGCCCCCCCAAGCCGAGAGCGGCUUGUCCCCCAAUUAUUCGCCUGGCCCGGGCCCCGACGUCAAGGCAGGAGGUGGACGGGGCAGGGGGCGCAGGAAACGGGACAGCGGUCAUGUCAGCCCGGCUGGCGGCGGCGGCGCUGCUUUCUUCGACAAGUACGGUCCAACGGCCGGGGUGGAAGGCGGGAGUCCCGGGCAGGGCGGGGAGCGAGGCGGCGGCACCCCGCAUCUCCACGAGCCCCACAAGACCCUUAGCUCCCCAGCUUCCGCCUGGGCCAAAGGGGGCAGCGCGGACCUUCUACUGCCGCCGGCCCCGGAGCAGCCCGAGCUCCUGCCCACCCUGGAUAAGGCCGACUCCUGCUCACCUCGUGGCGGCGGCGACUUCCCCGACGAGGCUGGUAACGAGGACGAAGUGUCCUCAAGUUCCGACAACCAGCUGGCCAAAGGCUGCCCUGCGGGUCGAAGUCCGGCCCAGGCGCGUCCGGGGGAGCACGCACUGCUGAACGGACAGAAGGCCGCCCUGGCCCAGCUCGGCCUUCACAGCGGGGGCGGCAGCAGCAAUUCUACCUCUAGCCCCGACAGUUACGGCGGGGGCCCCCCCGCCAGCGCCGGCGCGCCGCUCCAGGAGGAGAUCCACCCGCUGGAGAUCCUCCAGGCGCAGAUUCAGCUCCAGCGGCAGCAGUUCAGCAUCUCCGACGACCAGCCGCUGGGCCUCAAGAACGCCAAGAAGCCCCCCGACGGCCCCGCGGCAGGAGCGGGAGGCGGCGGCGGGCAGAACGGGGACAGCGCCGAGCUGAGCAGCUGCUGCGCCGCCUCCGAGAGCGGCAAGGGCGCGAUGAGCACCAUCGACCUGGACUCGUUGAUGGCCGAGCACUCCGCCGCCUGGUACCUGCCCGGCGACAAGGUCCUCCUGGAGGGCCAGGAAGACAAGGCCCUGGCGCCCUGGGAGAAAGCCAAGCCACAGCACCCGGGCAAAGAAGCCCAUGACCUCCCCUCGAACAAGACCUCAGCCACGGCACAGACUAGCAGCCACUUGCAGUGCCUUUCUGUCCAUUGCACGGACGACAUGGGCGAGGGGAAGGGCCGGACGGCAGUGCCGACGUGGAGAUCCCUGCACUCGGACAUCUCCAACAGAUUUGGAACUUUUGUGGCUGCCCUGACUUGAAGAAGGAGAAGGAGAAGGAUGGGGGGCAGGAAUUAUUCUUUCUUUCUUUCUUUUUAUGUUUAAAGGGCCACUCCUGGUAGUUGGACUAUUUUUCUAGGUUGGUACCUGCUUAGCAGCAUAGAGACUGGAAAGGGUUAAUUUAAAAUAAAACUCACCUUGAUUUUUUUUUUAAAAAAAGUCUUUCACCAGGGUAUGUUCCUACUGCCGACCCUUCUGCAGUUUGCCCACGUUCCAUAAGACGAUGCACCUGCCCGUGACUGCUCUGAGCAUCCCUUUCUAGUUGAGGCCUUUUCUAUCUCUGUGUGUGUCAGAACAAGACAAGACUUUUUUCCUUUCCCACCUACCCCUUGUUCCAUACUGAUUGGAAGGGACAUCCCGAAGAACGCCAUCAGGGGUGAAAUACUCCUUGAAGUGAAACUGCCACUCUAAAGCCAUGGAGAGCUUUCACCCCUCCUGCAAGUCAAGCCAAGGAGUCAGUCUGUGCUUUGUCUUUCCAGAGAGAGAAAGCUGGAGGGCGUGGGGAACGCAAGCAAUUCUCCUGCUCCUGGCUGCUUCCCUGUCCUACACCUCCCUCCCGGGGGGGGGGGCGGCAAGUGGGCUCUUCCAUCUGCCCAGGUAGCAGAGGGGGCCUUUCCUCCCCCCCCUCCCUCUCCUCUCGUCUCCUGGCAGUGCUGGCCACCUUGGGGAAGAGAGUGGAGGAGAGGGAGGCGGAGUCUGCCUGGUUUGGGGGCCACUGUCAGUUUGUUAACAGGCAAUUGAAAUGGGGAUUUAUUUAUUUUUUAUUAAAGGAAGCUGGAUAGCCCCCUUUGUCAUCCUGUGGAGGAGCCGGUCUGAAGUAGCCGAGGGCAGGAGAGGCCACAGAGUUCUGCAAGCUUCUCCAGCAUGGCAGGGCUGAGCGUUCCACCUACCAAGUGCCACUUUCCCUUGUGAAGGCAGCGCUGCUGGAAAACACGAGUUUCACUGGACAGUGAAGUUUGGAGUGGGGGGGGGGGGAAGCCGGAAUCUGAAGUGGCCAUCACCAUUUGGGCAGACGUAGCACGUGCUGACUGGCCCUUGGCUGAGACCUUGUGGAGCUCCAGUUUGUAGAGGAGAGGCCAAGAGGACUGUGCCCUUCUGGAGGCUUUCACUGUCAUGGAAGACAAUAAAAAGAGACUGCAGAAGGGGGCUCUGUGCUUCCUUCCCUCCCAUCUCUUUAGAGCAUUAUUGGCACCACUGGGCAAAUUUUUCCAGAACCCACAAGAGGAGAGUCAAUAGGCUUUGUGUUUGGGACAAGGCCACUGAGGCAGAGCUGCCAUCCCUGCCCUGUGCAUCAGCCCCUCCGCUGUCCCUUCUUUGUUUGCCAUGCGCAACAGCCACAGCACACCUGCAGGGGUGUGCUGUGGCUCCGCAGGCCGAGAGUGGCUCACUCUGGCAAAGGGCCGCAGGGACCGUGGGUGCUUCCCAAGGAAGGAGGGAAGGAGCUGCCCAGUUUGGCUCUCUCAGUCUCUCAUUGUUGCAGUCUUGAAUUUGGUCCUCCACAUUCUGCAGCAAUUUGUGCUUGUAUUUUUUUUUAUCCUCAUGAAAAUUCUCCAGCAUUUUUGUGCAAAUUUCUCUCAAUAAACACAUUUUUGUCUGCCGUUUUGAGUAACGUACACAUUUUUCAAGCAAUUUCUCCUGAUAUCAUGCAUUUUUGUAUGUUAUUUUCACUAAUACAUUCAUUUUUAUGGACACUUCCCCUCAUGUGUGCAUUUCUGUAAACGUGACUUGGUUGGAGAACUGCAUUGAACAGUUCGGAGAAGUGCAAAUUUGGAAGGAUGGCUGCGCUUCGGUUCUCACAUUGUUUUGGAAAGUGCAAAUUCAAUAAAUUUGGCUUUAAAUGUGACCUGAAUCGAAUUUCUCACCCAUCCCUAUUCCAGAGUGAGGCAUUGUGGGUCAGGUGGCCUCAAAAGUUAUCUGUGCCAUUUGCCACAACAGCAGCAAAUGACCACUUAACCUUCAAGAGCUGCACAAGCAAUCUGUGGGGCCAUUCACCAGAAUAUGUCGCUCUGAGGAAGGGCCUUCCUCAGAGUGAGUCCUGGACAUCCGAUGCUGUCUGUGAGCAACCCUGUGAUCCCUUCGCUCCAGGAGCACCCACUGGUAAGCAGGGAGAGGCUAGGCGAGGGCAGGGCUUGCAACGUUGCCACCUUUUCCAAUCCGCUGCCUGAGGCAAUGUGGCGAGCGGAACGGGGGGGGGGGGCUUAAGUGCAGGCGCACACGUGUGUGUAUGAAUUUGAAAAGGCUCCUCUGUGGUCUGAGGCCUUAGGAGAUGCCAAAAAAGGGUUGGAAUGUCCAGAUGCGAUUUCUGCAGCCGCUGUAGUGAUUUGGGUGUCUGGCAUACAAUGCACAGGUCCUUUUUGCUUUCCAGUUUCUGCUGCUUCCAUCCCUGCACUUCAAGGAUACUCUUGCAUGUCCCAAAUACAUGCACACACACACACUCUCUCACGCACACUUUUCCUCUUCUGGAGAGCAAACGCUACUUUGGGCCAGGUGAGACAGACUGAGCAUGAUAAGCAGGCUGAUCCGAACACAUUUGUGAUUCAAAGGGCUUAAUCCCAUAGCAUGCUUUAGGUCAGGUGUGGGGAACCUGUGGCCCUCCAGAUGCUGCUAAACUGUAGCUCUCAUCAGCCCCAGCAAACAUGGCCAGCAGCCAAGGAUGAUGGUGGGAGCUGCAGUUCAGCAGCAAUUUAAGAAUAAUGAAAUAUGGAGGGCAAAGUUUUCCCCCACCUGCCUUGAGGGGCUCGCGUGCCUGUCGUCUUUAGCUUCUUGAAGCUCCAGGAGUGAACGGUGACUGGCUGCAUUGCCUUGAUCCUCUUAGAUCAAGAUCACAGCAAAGGGAAGCCCUAAGACCUCAAACAGUUUCGGGUCUUGAGAUCAGCAUCCCCAUCACCCCCACCCAAAAAGAGAGCCAAGUUGGUUACACCUGGCCAGGCCGCUGCCUUUCAGGUACAGCUCAUUACUUGAUCUGCUACCGACCAUUGGGGAUUCUUCCUUCAACCAUAAUACUUCCAAGCUGUGUACAUAUUAAGGUCACAGGUGAUUAAAAAUAAUUUUAAAAGUUGUGGAGUGGGGCAGUUCCUCCUCUGCCUUGGCCUCACGGUCUGCAGUUUCCUAACACCUUUUUUUUCACCUGGUUUGUUUACUUUAACUGGGGGAAGGGAAAGCCACCACCUCUUUCUUAAACCCAAUAAAUUCAAAUGGAAAUGGAAAUGGCCUGCCUUCAAGUUGAUCCCGACUUAUGGCGACCCUAUGAAUGGGGUUUUCAUGGUAAGCAGGAUUCAGAGGGGGUUUACCAUUGCCUCCCUCUGAGGCUAGUCCUCCCCAGCUGGCUAGGGCCUGCUCAGCUUGCCACAGCUGCACAAGCCAGCCCCUUCCUUGUCCGCAACUGCCAGCUGGGGGGCAACUGGGCUGCUUGGGACUAUGCCGCUUGCCCACGGCUGCACAGGUGGCAGGGCAUGUAACCCCUGAGCCACUCACUGUGGGGUGAUCUUUAGCUGGUCCUUGACCCCCAGGAGACACGUGCGGGGAUUUGAACUCACAGACUCUGGACUCCCAGCCAGGCUCUCCUCCCCACUGUGCUAUACCACAUGAAGGCAUUUUAAAUGUCUACUCAGACGUCUGUGAAAUUAUUUUCUUCUAGGUAAACUAGAUUUCACACUUUUUUCCCCUCUCUGAGAUUUGCAACCCAAGGUGGUUAGAGUUUUUGGUCUCUUCCACACAUGUUGGCUGAACAUUCAUCCUGAUAGGUUUGCACAAAGUUUGUGGGGAGUUUGGACAGCAUUGGCCGAGCAUUCAUUCUGAUUUCUUUCCAAGGAGAUUAUGCGACAUGGCGUCAAGCAGCCAUUAUCCCAUCCUCUCCUGUGCAUUUUGCUGUCACUUUCCUGAUUAUUAAAAAUUUGGGUUUAUUGUGCAAGAGCUCCAAAUCCACUUUAAUUGCUGGGUUGUGGUUUAAUCCCACCCGGAAAUAGCACCAGCAUGCAAGCACAUGGAUGAGCUUGACUGUUGCUUCAGCCCCCUGCUCCGCCCUUCAGCCAAAAUUAAGAGCAGGGAGGGCUGGGUUGCAGAGUAGCUUCCACUUCUGCCUGUGAGGAGGACCCAGGUUUGGCUCUCCAGGGGAUGGGUCUUGGAGGAAGAGCCAGAAGAGCCUGUUCUCUCCUCAGACCAGGUGCAUGAGCCGUUUGCUGUCAAUGCUAGUCUGGAAGGACUGUUGGCCUGGGUGCAUUUUCAUCAUACCACAAAAAAUUUUUUCCUCUUUUUAAAAAAAAAUUAUGCUUCCUUGAAAAAAUCAACACAGAUGAAAUCCAAGUGUUAAAAUAAUAAGAAAACAUAAGAUUUAAUAAUAGUAAUGAAAAGGAAAUUUUAAAGCCACUUAGUAGGUUAAACUCAUUCAGGCAGUUGGAAAAAUGUUUCCCACUGAAAUCUUUUCAUUGCUGAAAAAUAUUUUACAGUCUAAAUAAAUAGAUAAAUAAAAAUAUCAGCAAAUCCCUAGCUACACAUUGCAAGCAAAAAUGCUUCAGAAGCUAAACUGUGCUCAGCUUUCUUUGACUUGGUCAGAAAUCACAGGAAAUCUGCUGUAGAUUUUCAUAUUGGGCACAAAUUGGUAUUUGUUGCUUGCCCAUGACCUUGAGAAUGGGGGACAGUCUGCUUUCUUGACUGUCAGGAAAUGCUCUCCGCUGCCCGCCCUAGCUUAUUUCUUUUGGAAAGCAGAACCAUAAUCAAGUUAAUUUGCUCUGACAUCAGCCUGAUUCUCUGCAAGCUACAGAACCCCCUUUCCUUGAAUUCCUAGAUUUCACCUCUCUUCAACAAGGUCUGGAUCUGUUCAGCAGAAUUCUUUUCUCUUAUGAAGAAAAGUGAUCUAAGCUAGCAACAUCGGACAAGCCAUUUCAGCAGAGAUAUUCUAAAAUAAAAAAUAAAUAUCAGGGGACUCCAAAUUUGCUGUGUUCACUACUCCCAAAACAACUGUAGCUUUAAAAACAGUUUUCUAAAGCAAAAGGGGUUAUUACUUUGUAACGAAUAUAAUUCCUGAAAAAGAAAUCCCCCAAACCCUGACAAAAUCCUUAACUGCAUAGCAAAUUCAGCCUGACAAACAUUAUUGCACAUGUAAGAUAUGAAUGUGGAGGGCAAUCUGUAAUCUACCCCUUUCCCUCCCUCCUCUCUGCCCCCCUUUUUUCUGGGACUUUUGUUUAAAUUCAUUUCUCAAUGCUUGGUUGGAAGACUGUGACAAAAGCUCAUGAAAAGUGAGUGUUAUUUUUUCUUUUUUAAAUAUGUAAAGUGCAGUCUUCUGUAUUCAUGCAUAUUGUAUAUAUCUGUAUAUGUUUUACUGAGCAACUAAAUAACAAUAAAUAUGAUGUUAAUGGUGA